AAAUAAAUUUAAUUGUGCCUAUUUAAAAUCGUUAAGUUAAUAAAGAAUAGCGCAUAAUUUUUAACAUAAUCAAGGGAUGUCUGGUAGAUAUGUUUCCAAGAGACGUCAGCUUAGAUGACGCUCAAGUAGAAUAUAUAAAUAAACGAAGAAAUAAAAAUAAUUUGAUGUAGCGAUUAUUCCGGUUUUUCUCUAACGUAAGUCUAAUAGAGGGGAGGAUAAAAGGCGCUCUGCGUAAGAAGCGUCGACGAAUCAGUACUCGACUGACGACCGGGAGUCAUCAUUGAUUUGAAGCAAAUCCGACAUUCCGAUAUUGUAUUCUUGCAUUUAUUAUCGAAACGACUGGUCGUCCUUCGAGAAUCUCGCUUGAGAAAGCGAGAAGGGAGGAGAAACACGAAAGUUAAAAAAUUGACGAAUUAAGGUCAAAGGAAUUCGAGAAGAAGAUAGGAAUAAACUCGUCAAGAGACUAAUUAAGGAUCAAGGACAACGACUGAGACGAGCAGAAAUCAUGGAACGUUCUUUAGUCGCAAAGUCGUUCCUCCUCGCGAUAUUUCUUGUGAAUAUUCACGAGUAUCGCGCUUACACUCCUCCAGCAGCUAAAGUGGAGCCGCUUCAUCCUACAGGACUCCGCAUAUCAAUUCCCGACGAACAUGGAAUUACAUUAGUGGCCUUCCACGUCAAAUUCAACGAAGAUUUUGAUGGCUUAGAAGCGGGGCAUAUAGCGAGAGAUAUUCUCAAAGUUCGUAAUCAACGUUGGACCUAUCAAGAUCGGCAAACUCAGUUAAAGAGAGACGACAUUAUUUAUUAUUGGGUCCAUGUAGUAUAUCAAGGCCUUGGUUACAAUCUGAUUGAUCAGUCGUUUCGGGUUGUCGAUUUUUACAAUAGCGAUGGCACUAAAUAUAACAGUGACACAGGCGAGCAAAGUUGCACGACGACGUCAACUACGUGGAUCUUCGAGAAUGGCGAACGACGACAAACCUGUCCGCGUCAAUUACUUUUCGAAGAUAAUUUCGAUAAUCUUAACACCACAAACUGGAAUUCGAUUCAACGUUUUGCCGGUGCACCGGAUUAUGAAUUUGUUGUCUACAUGACCAACGAUGUAACAGACGUAACCGACGGCCGACUGCGCAUCAAACCGAUUCUUCUCGACACUAAAUUCGGCACGGAUUACACAUCACGUGGAAGAUUGAUAUUGGAAGGUUGCACGGGACAAGUUGGAUCAAAUGAAUGUCAACGUCAAGCUGCUGGUUCAUAUAUCUUGCCGCCGCUGAUCUCGGGACGUCUUAACACGAAGGGAAAAUUCGAGUUUCUCUUCGGACGGGUCGAAGUAAGGGCUAAGCUGCCGCGUGGCGAUUGGGUAUACCCUCUGAUAACUUUGGAGAGCGCUGAGAAUACGUGGGAGUUUGGACUGCAUCGCGAAAUUAGGAUCGCGUCCUCGGUGGGCAACGACGAGCUGAAAACAUCCAGUAACGAAAACAUCAACAACCGUCUAUUGAGCGCGGGUGGAUUGACCGCUUCCUUAAACGAGAGCAACGCGCAGAGCAUUAAUCUUUCUAAAAUGCCCAAGAGGCAAUCGAGCAAAUCUUGGUCGGAUGAGUUCCACAUCUUUGAGAUUGAAUGGCAAACCGGUCUCAUUGUGGUAAAGGUUGAUGGAGUACAGUAUGGCGAACAGACCAUGGAUGGAUCAUUUAGCAAGCCGUCAUACUUGACUUUGGCAGUCGCUGUUGGAGGUAUUCAUGAAUUUGCGGAUCACGUCACGAGUGCUGGCAAUGUCAAGCCAUGGCGAAACGUCGAGGCAAAGGCCAUGUACAAGUUUUAUCGCGCAAAAGACAACUGGUAUCCCACGUGGAACUCACAAACGGGCCUUCAAGUGGAUUACGUUAAAAUUUGGGCGCUAUAAAUACGCUUGUAAAACGUCAGCAAAAACAAUUCGUAUAAAAUACAUUUUUACAUAUAAAGCAUA